AUCCUAAAUUCUAGACCUAGCCUCCCUGCAUGGCCGUAUUCCGCGCAAACGAGGUUCAGUCUGACGAAAGUUCUAAUCACGUAGUCGCUCUUGCUGCUGAGAGGACCUACAACUAGCGCGUUUUUGUUGCGCCCCACCCUUAGCAUCACUGCUUGUUCCUGGAUUCCAGCAUUUCUUUAUCUCAUAACUCUUACCGUAAUUUCCCGCUAAUAUGGCUAGUUCCGAGGCUGUGUUGGCUCUACUUAGAGCAUAUCGACCGAGAUUCGAAUCCAAGCCAGAUAGCGUUGCGUUUGCAGUCCAUGCGACGUUUCUGGCAUCUGGCUUCAGGUGCCUCGCAGUCGGCCCUGAUGCCGCUGAGAUUGCUGCAGGCUCGAAAGGCUCCGAUUCAAGCGCGGAUGCGGGGAUUGAAGGCUGGAAUGCAACUCCAGAUGUCUAUACGUUUGCGUACGCGCACCAGACUCCCGGAGAUUCAGCAGAAGGAGCAAGUGCAGAUAAAACAGCAGGGACAGUGGUGGUCCAGUGCUUAUCUGUUGCAGAGGGGGAGCUUCUUAUGGUGGAUGCGACAGGGAUGGGUGGUACAGGCUCAGAAGCAGCAGGAGGGGCUUCAGCCUUUGUUUCACAUCUUGAAAUCAGGGUCCCUGAGUACACAUCGGCAGACACUCCUCCAACAUCAGCUGACUACAGUAAAUCUACACUAGGCUUUCGGCACUGGUAUCCUCCAUCUUAUCAUCCAUCAUCAAGCCCUUCACCUCUACCACCACGUCCGAUGCCUCUGGUGGUGCUGGUACCGCUGCUGCUAGAGCUGGUGCUGGUGCAUCUGCAGCACAGACCAGCUCCACAGGCACAGCAGGAGAGGGAGAAGGGAGGGGUGCAGAGAGAGAGGGAGGGCGGACAGGAGGGGUUUAUUUUGAGGAGCCUGAGCGUGGUUCAGUUGGUGAAGGAGGGGGAGUGGGGGGGAUCGUAUAUCCUCCCAUGCCUGCAGGGCCCCCAUACGAUGACUUGCAUCCAGGAGGGGGAGCUGGCAUCAUGCCUACCAGGCCUGGCUUCGGUGGAGGAAGUAUGCUAGUAGGGCCUCAUGAUCCUAGGUGGGGCCCACAGUUUCCAGGAGGAGUAGGAGGAGUGGGACCUUUGCCUCCGGGAAUGCCACCAGGAGCUCGCUUCGAUCCAUUCGGCCCUCCAGGCAUCCCCGGCUUCGAGCCAGGCAGAUUUGGGGAUGGUGGUCCAAGGCCUAGAGGUCCUCCGGGUGGAGGGAUCCAUCCUGACAUGCAGCACUUUCCGGGCGCGGGUGAUGACUACAUGUAGGCCUUCUAUAGCUUGCAGGCAGGUUCACUGCCUAGCUUAUGAGUGUAUGUACUCAUGCUGCAUACAUUCCGCUUGGCUUUGUGAGCCAGGGAGGAGCAUUCAUUUAGAUUUGUUUCUAUAUAUCUGGUCACUAAUAGUUGGCCACAC